AUUGUUUUUGUGGUUAUUCAUUCUGGUGGUUAUCUUUUUUUCAUGAUGAAACAAAAACAAUAAUAUACUUUAUCCCUUUCGAGCAUAUUUGGCUAUUAAAAAAUGAAUGCGGAUUUUAAAAAUUUAAUUAUAAAAAAUUUCGUGGAAUUAAUGCAAAAUUGCGAUGUGGAUAAAUUAAAAGAACCAUUAAUUCGCAGAAAACUGUUUACCCCUCAAGAAAUAGACAAAAUAUUCCAGUCUAAAGAUGACCGCCACAACAAGCGACUAUUCUUCUUCGAAAUCCAAGAGAAACCCAACGCUUUCAGCUCCCUGGUGGACGCCCUACACGAAACUAGUCAAACCGAUAUUAUACACUUACUCAUACCACGAGGAGUGAAGGUCUUCAACAAUCCAGUAUGGAACAACAACGAUGAGCAGUCCUAUCUAGCCUAUGUCCCUGUAAACUCCUCCUCGACUGCCCUCGAUAUUAAAAUCCGUUACUCGACAGAUUUCAUGGACACCCCGGAAUACAACGGUGCAAUAGAAUUCUACAGCUCGAAAUCUAAAAAAAGGGGACGGGCUUUGAUCAUCAACAACUACGAUUUCGAAGGGGACGAAUACAGAAACGGGGCCGAAGUCGAUGACAAAAAUCUGAGGGAAUUGUUCAAUCGAUUAGGGGGUUGGGAUGUUGAUCAUCACUGCAAUAUAACGGCUGCGCAAAUGGGGGAGGUUAUUAAAAAGUUUGCCAACAAUAAAACGAAUAUAUUGUAUGAUAUUUGUUUCGUCAUCAUUAUGAGUCAUGGCGCAAAAAUGGAUAACGAUACUAUCAUACAUGGAAUAAAGCGGGCUGAUUACAUUUCCGUUUCUGAAAUACACAAGAUCUUUUCCAAUGAACAAUGCAUACAUUGGGCUUCAAAACCUAAAAUAUUGACGUUCUCCGUAUGCAGAGGUCAAGAUUUACACUUACCUGUGAUCCAAAGGACAGAAAGUGACUCUUUACAACGUACAAAUACUGCUCAUUUAAGGCGAGCCGAAGAAGACACGCUAACUUGCUAUUCUACAAUAUCCGGUUACAAAGCGCAUAGGGAUUUCUACAGAGGUUCUUGGUAUAUACAGCUGCUGUGCCAAACUUUCAUGAAUCACGCCUGCGAGUACCCGGUGGAUACGUUGAUGAUGAAAGUGGAUCAGGGUUUGAAAUUGAUAGAAUCUGAAAAGGGUUCGGUACAAACGGCUGAAUAUACGAACAGAGGUUUCAAAAGGUUGUACUUGCAUCCCGGGAUAUAUUUCGAAGAUAAUCAAAUCAAGCGGUAUUUCGACAAUUGAUUUUUUUUAAAGACAAAUAAUACACGUUCAUGUGAUUUUUUUAACAAAAAAAAUAUUUAUAGAAAUAUAUGUAUUUACAUUUUUUUACGAAGCUAUAGUUUAGAAUAUUGUGUUUUGUUUGUUUUGAUUCAAAUAAGAAGUAAAUUCAUUAAUAUUAAAUGACACAAAAUACAUGAGUUACGAUUAAAAUUUUAUAAUAACAAUUACAUUAAUAAGAAAAUUGAUAUACAUAAUAAAAAAAAACUUCUUAAUGCAAUUUAAUAUCAAAUAAAUUACAAACUUACUUCUUAUUUUGUGUAAUCGACUAUAUUUUAACUUCACAAUUAUUUAUAAGGCACUAUGUAAUUAAGAGAACAUUUCUGUUUUAUUAUGAAGCAGCCUAAGCGUCUUUUUUAAUCUAAUCGAAUGGAAGAAUCUAAUAUUUUUAAAUAGUGUAAAAAUACAAAUUUGGAAUGGAUGUAUUCUUAUAAUUUUAUAUAAUAUAUCAAAUAUGUAUAUAAAAAAAUAUUUUUUAAACAUUAAGCUGCGUAUCAUUUACAAAAAGUGCAGACAUCAAUAAAAUGGAAGAUCUCUCGUAAAUAUCUCUGUAAAGUCACUUAAAAAAUAUUAUACCUUUUCUUAUUUACACGUAAAAAUAUUUACAAAAUAAACCUGUUAAUUUCAGAGGAAAAAACACCGAAUUAAAAAUUGCUUCCGACAAAUUUAUCACAAAUCUCAAAAAUCAAUCUCUUCAUAAUUUCUUCGUGCGAAAUUUGAUCGUAACUGGUAAAAAGUAUCUCAACGUAUUUACACCCCUACAUACAAUUUUUUAAAAACGAUUAUAAAAAAUAUUACAAAAACUGUAUAAUUCAUUAAAUUACGAAAUAAUAGCUCGGCGAACUCGAGACAUCAAGCUGCGAAAAAUAUCUUUGGUUUUGCGGAAUCGAGGGCGAUUAUUAGCGAAUUUUCGCUUAUAGAUCGUUCUUUCAAAAAUUGGAAAAGCACCAUUCAACGCGGCGAUUGAACGUACGUAGAAAAACCACCCUCGACAAAUGAGAUUAUAUUAAUUUUUUGGUCUAUCUCGAUAUGUUUCAAUACGAAUACGACUUAUUUCUCCAUUAUCAUGUAAGCCAUUUCAACGUUAUCACGAUUAUGUAAUCGUUGUUGGAUAACCAACGUGGCGCAAUAUAAUUAUUUCUAUAAAGAAGCAGAUGUUAGCAAAGUUAUCGCCUCAACUGCAACGAAACGCAACGGAAAGUAAAUAAUUAUAUCAAAAUCUUACGCGAUUCUCAAUCGCACAAGAUUCGAAUUGUUCAGUUUGCAUCGCUAAAACCUGCUCCCGAUUUUUCGUUUCUUUAUAGAUUCAGCAAGAGGUUCAAAGGUUGCUCUGUAGACGAGCCUACAACUCGAAUUACAUUACACUAACCGUCGCAGACCUAAUACGUAACUCAGUCAGUCUUCGAAAACUCCAUGUGCCUCUCAACACAGCCUGUAGAAUGCCAAAAACGUUAUCGUUAUUGCAGCAUCAAAAUCUCCAAGUUCCUGUGCAGGAUCGUGUCCUUCACCGAAUUGAACACCACUUUGAUGUUCUCGGUGUCUAUGGCAGUGGUGAAAUGGUGGUACAACGGCUUCUUCGGGUCCUGCUUCACGCUCGUGAACAUCUUCAGGAUGAAAUUUUGCACGUCCUGCAACGAAUGCGGAUUGCCGGCGAACUGGGGAAAGUACCAACGGAUGUUGGUCUCCGCAUUCGC